GGGCAGCGAUCGGAGUGCGGCGGGGCGGGGAAGCGGCCCGGGGCCGCGGUCGGGGACUCGGGCCUGCGGCCUCACCUCGCCGUGCAGGAGGGUUGUUUUCCCCGGGUCCCAGUUCGGGACCGGCAGAGCGGCCGUCUCUUCGACUUGACGGCAAGGACGGAUUCCCAGAUUUGUAGCUUGUAGAACAAGCGGAGGCAACGACGGAGCCUUCAUUUGAGAAAGAGGCACAAUAGGAGAAGGUAUCGAAAAAAGGAUCAACUCCCCCUCCCCCUCCCGGUAACAGCUGGGAGAAAGGGACGAGCUGAGGAAUGUGACCCUCCCCCGUUCGUACCAUCGCGCAGCCGGAGAGAAGGGCGGGGGCAAAAGGGUCACCCGCGCAGACUCAGACUGCACGGGAAGUCUUGCGGGACAGAAGGGGUGGCUCCAGACCACCCGCCGCUCCAGGCACCCGCAUACUCGCGUAGCCCACCCAUUGGUUCAGGCUGUGACCUUGGAAUUCCACUACGUAGCUAUUCAAACGCGAUGGACUUCCGUGUCCACCGCUGUGCGCAGCGGGUGGAAUAGCUCUGAGUGACUGACACAUCCCAAGCAACGUGAAUUUCCAUGUUAUACGAAACAGAAAGGUGAACUUUUUGUUUGGCCUCAAAGAUGACAAGAAAGAGUGGGCAGGACUUCAAUUUUAUGCCACGCUUUCUUGUGAUAAAUUCCAGGUUGCAGCGCCAUUUGCUUUUAAUGCUCGGUCUGUGGUGCCUUUGAGUUACCAGUUUUUGGAGAGUUCUACUCAAAGUCCCUCUGAGGUGUAGAUUUUGACAGAAGUUGCACAAACCUCUGUUUGGAGUUCUCUGGUGCUUUGUGCUCAUCAAAUGGAAGGGCAGAGCAAGAGUGUCCUUGUGGGUUUUGUUGUUCGACUCAUUCAACUUCUGCCUGUCACCUGUGAUCAUCUCAGCCUCCAUGAGAGCAGGAAAUGGCUGUGGAGCACUUAUCUCAGUACCAGGAGCCUCUUUCCUUGCAGGAGCCUGAGCUUUGCAGAGGUGGCCAUGUAUUGCAGCAGGGAAGAGGGAGCACUGCUGGAUGCUGCGCAGCAAACACUCUACCAGGAUGUGACGGUGGAGACAUAUGGGUCUGUGGCCUCACUGGCCCCCAAACCCAUGGUGAUCUCUGUGCUUGAAGGAGAGGAAGGCCCCUCGAUCCUAGAUGUGCACAGCCUGAAGGACACGGCAGGAGACCUCAGCCCAGGUGAGGUGGUGGGGGAGAGGAAGAAGUUGGGAGGCCCAGAACAUGAGAACCCUCCCUGCCCAGGACUGUUCCUGCGAUGUCAUCUGCAGUAG